AUGGCCCUCUUGUACCGCUUCUCCCGCCUCAACGACCGCUCCAACACUGGCGUUUUCACCUUCAUUGUGACGCGUUCCGUCACUCGUGACGUCCACCGUGACGCUACUACCAAAGACUUCGUGUUCGGCUACCACCGCUGGGCAGUGUCCUUCACCCGCACCGAGAAGAUCCUGGGGGUCUACCUAAUCCUCCGCAACCCUUCGGAGGACACCAAGUGCUACGUCGACUACACCUUCACCCUCCUCAACCGAGAGCACUUCUCCAAGAACGAGGUUUACCCGCAGAAGAACGCCUGCUUCAGUGUCGAGGAACCCGCCCACGGCACCAGCAAAUGGAUGCUCAUGUCAGAGCUGAAGUCCCGAAGGUUCACAGACGAGAAUUGGGAAUUCCUCAUGGAACUUUCGAUUAGCAACGCCAUGACGGUCUUCGAAGGACUGGUGAAGAUACCGCAUGUGCCCCACUCUUCCAGCGGACACAAGAAUAGGGUCAAGCUGGAGACCUCGUACUUCACCUUCGGGAACUUCGAGUGGAACGUGUCCAUCCUGCCCCACGGGGACGAGGCCGAUACCAGCACUCGCCCCCGGGUCUUGCUGAACCGGCUGACGGGAUUCGACCACCAGUGCAGGGUCAUGUACCGGGUGAUACUUGGAGAAGGAGAGCGGAAGAUAGACUCAGGACUUCUCGACCAGAUCUCGGACAUGAGUGGCCGGAUCCGGGGAUUCUCCUUGCGGUGCCAGGUGCCCGACAUCGUCCGGCGGACCGUCCUCCGUGUGCACACGGAGAUGAUGUGCGCGAACACUAUCAGCGAGGCAAAAGUACCGACUACCCGGGACCCGAACUCGACCGCGAACUGUUAUGAUCGGGACAAGCAGGGAUGGUGCGUUGAGGCAGACAUGGAGUGCGAGUUCCUGAGGCUGAAGCUCUUCUACUCGGACAUGCACAACGUACCAAGGAACCACCUGCGGUCGGUUUCGUGGAACGCUUACGUCAUCCGCGACCAUCCCAGCACGGGGACCAAGGAGAGCGUAAUCGUCAUGAACGCCCCCCACAAUAGUUAUUACGUGCAGGAUGGGGUGGACAUGGGCGUUAUUAUGGAGACCAAUAUACCAGUGAGACAGGUGCACGAGAUGAACAGUGCCUACUUGGAGAACAACACGCAUUUAACAGUUCACAUAGAGUGGCUGGAAUCUGUUCUGCUCUUCAGCGCCCUCUACCACAAGUACGACGACGUCUGCAGAAUACAUGGACAUCAGAUGAAGUAA